AUUUAUGUAUUUGGGAUUAUCAAUGGCAGUGCUUAAUAAUUCUCAGUUAAGUGAAUUUAUGUAGGCUGUUCGACAUCAUUUCAUGGUGCUUUAUAAUUUUGUUCAUUCUUCUAAGAAUGUUUUAAAACUUGCUAUCUUUGGUUGCUGCUAUUUCCAUGUAGUGAAGCAGAGAGUGUGGUCUGCCAAAUUUUAUUCUGGCUUAAAGUAGCCUCCCUUUCACUCCAUUUGGAAAUGUUUAAUUCCAGUCUUUGCCGUCAUGCGCUUUUGCCUGUGUUGCUUUGUUUCCCAUUCUAUUUUAUCACAAAAAGCACCUGCAACAAAAUGGUGCAGAAUGGGGUGUUUUUUUGAGAACCCUCCUUUUCUUUCCCCUAUCUGAAUUGUCAAUAUAUUGAGGCUUCAUCAAGCUCUUUACAGAGAGUCCCUUCAUGAUAGUUUUUAUUUUAUUCUCUUUUACUGCCUGCAUGUCCACUUGAUCUCUUCCUCUUAUGCCUGGAUAAGGCUAUUUUGGUUUUACAAGCUACAAUGAAUACAACCCGCAUAGUAGAGGGAAUUAUUCUCUGCACACAAAACACACAUUUUUUGAUUGUCAGUACAUGCAGAAAGACUACGUAAUACAGUCCCAAUGGUGGGAUGCUACUUUUAAAAUAUUAGAUACAUAUCCAUAGAUUCUGCAUCCGCAGAUUCCACCAUCCACCUCUUGGAUUAUUGCAUUUUGUACAAGGAACACAAUUUCACUACACCAUUGUAUAUAACAGAAAUUUAGCAUCCACAAAUUUUGUUAACAAAUUGGGAAUCCUGGAACUAAACCCAAGCAGAUACCAUAGACGUCCAGGAUGUGAGAGUGUGGUUUGGUUGCCCCAUAUAGCGCCUUCCCACAACCACUCAAACUGGAAUUCUUCAGAUUAAAAAUGCAGAACAAAUUAUGCAAAACAACAAACAUGAAUAACUCAGAUGCAGUUGUUCAACUCUCUUUUUCUUUUUAGGCAAAAUGCAACCCCAAAGUCUAUGAUGCAGUCAAGAACACCACUCACAGAAAGGAGGAAGAGGCAAAGAACCCAAUGUGACCUCCAAUGUGUCAGAGAUGAUAUUGAAAGGGCCAAGCAGCUUCCUCUUAAUCUUUCCCAGUCAUCUGUCAUCGUGUGACGUAAAGGCACAGCAGAAGCGCUGUUCCUCCAAGUUUUUCUUCUUGCUGCAAAACUCAUCAUUGCUGUCGGCCAGGGUUUGUGGCAGAUCAACAAAAAAAAUCACACCAGUCAUCUUCAGAUCAGCCAUCUCCAUUUGGUACACCUGUUUGCAGACCCCAUGAAGGAUCAACGAAAGAUGCUUUUGUGGCUUCUGUUCCUAGCUGCUAUCAUUUUGAGAUCUGAUGGCGAUACAAGCUUGAGGAAGAAAGCCCUUGAGCUGAUGAAGCAAGCCCCACUAAUUGAUGGACACAACGACUUGCCACUGAAGCUGAGAUGGCGGUACCAAAACAAGCUGAGCAACAUUAACCUGAUGACACUCAAUGUCACAGCCACCAACAUUAGGAAGCUCAAAGCUGGCCAUGUUGGUGUUCAGUUUUGGUCAGUGUACGUUCUCUGCAAAGCACAAAAUAAAGAUGCCGUGCGCUUGACGCUGGAGCAGAUUGAUGUUGUCAAGCGGAUGUGUGGAGCCUAUAAAGAAUUUGAAUUCGUGACAUCUUCUCAAGGCAUUGCUGAUAUGGACAGUGAAAAGAUAGCAUGUCUUAUGGGCAUCGAGGGAGGGCACUCCAUUGACAGCAGUCUUGCAACUCUGAGGAUGUUUUAUGACCUGGGCGUUCGGUACAUGACACUGACGCACAACUGCAACACUCCUUGGGCCGAAACAUCAUCAAAGCAAGUCCACCAUUUUUAUCCCUUCACUCGGGGCUUGAGCAGCUUUGGCAAAGAGGUGGUGAAGGAGAUGAACCGACUCGGGAUGAUGAUCGAUUUAUCCCACACGUCGGACAGAACUGCAAGGGCUGCUCUCAAGCUCUCCAAAGCCCCGGUCAUUUUCAGCCACUCUUCCGCCUUCUCCAUUUGCAACCAUUCGAGGAAUGUUCCAGACGAUCUUCUGGAAGACCUGAAAAAUAACCAUGGGAUCAUAAUGGUGACCUUCCCAACCAAGUUUUUGGCCUGUGGUAACCAAACAGUUAACGUUUCUACAGUUGCAGAUCACUUGGAUCACAUAAAGAAGGUUGCAGGCCCAACUUCAAUAGGAAUUGGUGGCGACUACGAUGGAGAAAAUAAAUUUCCAGUGGGUUUGGAGGACGUUUCCAAAUACCCAGCUUUGAUCGAGGAGCUGCUCAGGAGGAACUGGACGGAGCAGGAACUGAAAGCUGUUUUGCGGGACAACUUCCUUCGCGUUUUCCGGGAAGUAGAAAAGGUGCGGAAUGAGAGUCUGUCCAUGAACGCAAGUGAAAUGGAAAUCGCUCCGGAAGAAGUCCAGCACCCCUGCCGCUUAGACCUGGUUCGCCCAUUGACCCAGAGCAUUCCUUCCUAUGGAUUACCUUUGAGAGGGCAACUGAGUAACAUCAUGGCUGUGGCUGCCAUGUAUGUAUGUCUUGCUACACUGAAACUAUCUCAGGAAUGAGAACAUUGAUCUUUGGAUGGAGGCCUGUUUGUUCAGAAGUGCCAAAUGCAAUGUAACCAGAUGACAAUGUAACCAGCAGGUGGAUCCUGCUCUGCUACCUCCCUGGUUUCUACCACCAAAGGAAGAGGAAAGAAGAGGAAUUCAUUUUUUGGAAAGAGACUUAUCUUGGGAGGCUUAAUUUCCAUCAAUUCAAUGUUUACCUUUAGCAAAAUCACGGAAGACUCAUGCAUGAUGCAUCUGGAUCAGCAACAGCACAAUCCUAAGUGGAUGCAAGUUCCAUUCCGUUCAAGGACCGUAAGGUUAGGGACAAAGGCCCCUUCUACACUGCCAUAUAAAAUCCAGAUUAUCUGCUUUGAACUGGAUUAUAGGGCAGUGUAGACUCAUAUAAUCCAGUUCAAAUAUCUGCUUUGAUAAAUCUGGAUUAUGCAGCAGUGUAGACAGAGGCUGGGUCUACCCUGCCAUAUAAUCCACUUCAAAGUAGAUAAUCUGGAUUUAUAUGGUAGCAUAUAAACUUUGGAGUCCCGGUGGCGAAGUGUGUUAAAGCACUGAGCUGCUGAACUUGCAGACCCAAAGGUCCCAGGUUCAAAUCCAGGGAGCAGAGUGAGCGCCCGCUGUCAGCUCCAGCUUCUGCCAACCUAGCAGUUCAAAAACAUGCAAAUGUGAGUAGAUCAAUAGGUACCGCUCCGGCGGAAAGGUAACGGCGUUCCAUGCAGUCAUGCCGGCCACAUGACCUUGGAGGUGUCUAUGGACAACGCCGGCUCUUCGGCUUAGAAGUGGAGAUGAGCACCAACCCCCAGAGUCAGACAUGACUGGACUUAACAUCAAGGGAAACCUUUACCUUUACCUUAGACAGAGGCUGGGUCUACACUGCCAUAUAAUCCACUUCAAAGUAGAUAAUCUGGAUUUAUAUGUUAGUAUAUAAAUUUAAGGACUUCUGUGCCUUUAAGGAAUUUCAGCAGCUGUUGCUUGUUUGGUAAUACCCCGUUUAAUCCACUUUUGCAGCUGCUUUUAAACCACUUUAACCUCUUCCAGUUUAUUUGCUUCCCUCCAUGGAUAUCUUUUGCCCUCCUGGUUGCUCUCGAAUGCUGUUUGGUCUCAUGAAUCCUGAUUUCCUUUGGAGGGUAUGAGCCAUGGGACGGUGAGAACAUCCUUACCUACUAUUUUAUAGCAAGCGUGACCAAAGUGCGGCAUUCCAAAGGUUGUUGGAGUUGCAACUUCCAGCAUCCCUCGCCCUUCUCUGUGCCUGAUAGCAGUGAUGGUGGUUGCAGUCCAACAGUAGGACUCCAUUUAACCCAUCUGAUUACAUUGGAAUAAUUGCAGUCAGUUGAGCUGGAGUUGGAGCAUUGAUGGCCAAAUCAAGAGAGAAUACGCAACUUGCAUUUGUAGUUACUACAUCUGAUUUUUUUUUCUUGUGAGAAGCAGCAGGGAGUGGGCUAAAAGUGGCACUAACACUAUUUACUAUUUUCUAUAAUACAGUAGAGUCUCACUUAUCCAACACUCUCUUAUCCAACGUUCUGGAUUAUCCAACGCAUUUUUGUAGUCAAUGUUUUCAAUACGUGAUAUUUUGGUGCUAAAUUCUUAAAUACAGUAAUUACUACAUAGCAUUACUGUGUAUUGAAUGACUUUUUCUGCCGAAUUUGUUGUAUAACAUGAUGUUUUGGUGCUUAAUUUGUAAAAUCAUAACCUAAUUUGAUGUUUAAUAGGCUUUUCCUUAAUCUCUCCAACAUAUUCGCUCAUCCAACAUUCUGCCGGCCCGUUUAUGUUGGAUAAGCGAGACUCUACUGUACUAUUUACAACUCCAGUAUGUUCCCCGUAUUGGCUGGGAAUACAUCUUCAGACUCACAAAUCUUGGAUAAUAACAAAUCAUUCUGAAAUGAAGUUCUUCUGCCCUAAAGUCGUGCUGGGGGAACCUAGAGGUUUUAUAUUGGAUUGGAUAACUGUGGAUACUGUUUCUGCAGAUAAUUGGUGUCCUAUCUUAGUGGUUUGUUUUUCUUUCUGCUUAAAUAAAUAGUAUAUUGCAAAUGGUUUUGUUGGUUAACAAUGCUCUUUUGGUCAAGGUUUUUGGAACAAGCUUUUCAAUACCUGUGAAGUCAAUAUAUAUAUAUUAACCAAUAUUAUUUUGCAAAGGUUGAAUGUGUUUAUAUUAUUUUGGUUGCCAAAUUCAAUUGAUGUUUAAAUAGUGGAGACUAUUACAGUCUGGAAGAUACUACUGUGGAUUAUAACAGUUGACUGUACUCAUUAUUUUCAUUAUUGUUGUUUACUCACAGGUAAUAUUGUAUGUAUAUGGUGCUCUGAAUUACAUAGUGCAACUUAUGUUUUGAAACUUUAUAGUAUUCGCUUAUCCUUUUUACAUAGAAGGAAGAUAGCUCUAUACUCAGAGAGGCCUGACUAUUUCUGUGGCCUUUGCAAGUUGCUCUAAUAUACACAUCUCUUUUUAUGUUUUGAA